CUUUCUAUAUAUAUAAGGACUCUAGCUUUCCUCUUUUUCAUCUUUGUAUUUUCACCAAUUUCUUAACCACCUGGAAGACUCCUCUCUCUCUCUCUCUCUCUCUCUCUCUCUCUCUCUCUCUCUCGUCCUUUUCAGCUCUACAAACCCUAGCUCACGAUGAUUGCCACUCGCUGUUCUUGCUCAGGCACUUGAAAUUCUUCCAGCAACUUAUUUGAAUCUCUCCAUUUUCUCUGUUUUCUGGACGGACAUGUUUCGUUUUUUUCAUCGCUGAAAGGAGCGUCUUCAAGAUCGCUAUCUCUCUACCUGUCUAAUCGAGAUUAUUCAAUCGGCGAGCGAGGAUUUUUCUCUGGCAGGUGUUGGCUUAUCGGAUUGUUUAUUGAAGAUUUGGAUCGGUGGUGUUUUAUUUGAUUCCCUUGUUUUGGCCCCUCCAAAUUGAAGAUUGGGGUUUUCUCCGCGUGUUGAUGCGAUCUGCGAAUUCUCAUUGAAAAACCCUGGGAUUGCCCGGAGUCGAAUGAAUUGUUUGGGUGCUAUGAAUUUCAAGCACCUAUUGCUGCUGUAAAGCUCUUUUUGGUCUUUCUUCUGCAUAGAGCAAAGCAAUUUUUGAUUGUUUGGACUUCCAUGACUUUGAAUAAGAAGGAAGCUUUGAAGAGUUCUUCAUUAGUUGGUUUGAUUGAUCUUUCUUGAGUACUUGAAGAAGAUAGAGAAAAAAAAUAGUUCAACUUUGUACUGUUAUAUUUUUGUUUUUGAGUUGAGUUCAAUAUCAGGCCUAUUUUUUUUGUUUGGCGGGCCUUUGAUUGCUAAUAAUUUCUACUAGGUUUUUUGUGUGCUAUUCUUUUCAUUUCAAUUUUUAUAAAAUUUCGUAAAAAAAUCAAUGGCUGUAUAUUACAAGUUUAAGAGUGCAAGAGACUACGAUUCAAUCCCAAUGGACGGUCCAUUUAUUUCGGUCGGUACUUUGAAAGAAAAAAUUUUUGAAUCAAAGCACUUGGGCAGGGGCACCGACUUCGACCUUGUGGUCACUAACGCCCAAACUAAUGAAGAAUAUCUUGAUGAAGCAAUGUUAAUCCCAAAAAAUACCUCUGUGUUAAUUCGUCGGGUUCCAGGAAGACCUCGCAUGCCUAUUGUUACUGAGCAAGAGCCAAAGAUGGAAAAUAAGGUGGAGGAUACCUCACUAGAGAAGAGUACUUUUAUGGCCGCCGAUUUAUCUGCCAUGAAAGAUACUGAAGACACAGAAUGGGAUGAGUUUGGAAAUGACUUAUAUGCAAUUCCUGAAGCACCACUAGUUCAGUCUAGCAAUGCGGUUCCUGAUGCGCCCCCUACAAAUAAGGCUGAUGAAGACAGCAAGAUUAAGGCUUUGAUUGAUACUCCAGCCUUGGACUGGCAACGUCAAGGUGCUGAUGGAUUUGGCCCUGGUAGAGGCUUUGGAAGGGGUAUGGGUGGAAGAAUGGGUGGACGUGGCUUUGGGUUGGAGAAGAAAACACCUCCACAGGGCUACGUAUGCCACAGGUGCAAGGUACCAGGGCAUUUUAUUCAGCAUUGUCCUACAAAUGGUGAUCCAAACUAUGAUAUCAAGAGAGUAAAACCUCCUACUGGCAUUCCAAAGUCAAUGCUGAUGGCAACCCCUGAUGGUUCAUAUGCAUUACCUAGUGGUGCAGUUGCUGUUUUGAAGCCUAAUGAGGCUGCUUUUGAGAAGGAAAUUGAAGGCUUACCUUCUACACGGUCUGUUGGUGAUCUCCCACCAGAGCUUCACUGCCCUUUAUGCAAGGAAGUUAUGAAAGAUGCUGUACUAACAAGCAAAUGUUGUUUCAAGAGCUUUUGUGAUAAGUGUAUAAGAGAUUAUAUCAUCUCAAAGGCAAAGUGUGUAUGUGGGGCGACAAACAUUCUUGCAGAUGAUCUUCUUCCAAAUAAGACACUUAGGGAUACAAUCAACCGUAUUUUGGAAUCUGGUAACAGUAGUGCUGAAAAUGCCGGAAGCACCUUUCAAGUUCAAGAUAUGGAGUCUGCUCGCAAUCCCCAGCCUAAGAUUCCAUCACCCACACAGUCUGCUGCAUCUAAGGAAGAGCAGAAGCCUUCUCCUGAUAAUGCAGAAACCCCAAAUCCAAAUAGGAAGGAACCAGUGCAUGAGGAGAAGCCUGUUGUUAUCCUACAGCAGUUCCCUGAGAAACCGAGGACUGCCAAAGCAGCUGAUGUAUCUGAGGCUACCCUUGAAUCAAUGAGUGUGAAGGAGCUAGCAUCACAAGGUAGUGCUCCACUGGCUGAGGAGGAAGUGCAGCAGAAGCUGGUCCCUGGUGAGGCAGGGAAGAAAAAGAAAAAGAAGAAGGUUCGCAUGCCUCCAAACGAUUUGUGGAAAGUAUCUCAAGAUCUCACAGCUGAAAGUUAUAUGAUGCCUCUUGGCCCCGCCCCCUAUAAUCCUUAUUGGGGUGGCAUGCAGCCUGGUAUGGAAGGUUAUAUGAAUCCUUAUGUCAGUCCCAUGCCCUUCAUGAGUUAUGGAAUGGGCCCUUUGGAUGUGCCAUUUGGGGGCAUGAUACCUCCAGACCCUUUUGCUGCACAAGGUUAUAUGAUGCCAGUUGUACCCCCGCAGAGGGAUCUUGCAGAAUUUGGAAUGGGUAUGAAUGCUGGACCUCCAGCAAUGAGCAGGGAGGAAUUUGAGGCUCGGAAAGCUGAUUUGAGGAGGCGGCGUGAAAAUGAGAGGCGAGCUGAAAGGGAGUUUCCUAGAGAUCGGGAAUUUGGGAGAGAAGUGAGCAGCGGGGGUGAUAUUUCUUCAGUGAAAUCUAAGUCUAUUCCGCAAUCAUUGAGCGGCGAUCCUUAUCUUCACAACCAUCAUCGACCUGAGAGGUCCUCCCCUGAGCGCUCAGCUCGUAACCUUGAACCUCUGCCACCUCGCCCUCUCAAAAGAAAAUCUGACCACGAGAGAAGCGACCGUGACAGAGAUCGUGAUUACGAUUAUGACGGCCAUGACCAAGACCGAGACAGAGGUGAACGCGAGCACCACCAUCGUCACCACCACCGUUCUGAACCCUCUGCAAAAGCUUUAUUUGAGACCACUGCUAAACCAGCUUCAUCAACAAUAACAGACCGCAAACAGAAAGCAAGUGUUUUCUCCCGCAUUAGCUUUCCAGAAGAAGAGCUCACCACAAAGAAGCGCAAGCUGUCUUCCUCAGGUGAAGCCCCUGCGGCGGUAGCUGGUGGUCCCUCAGCAACAUCUGCUCAUCACAAAUCUUCGUCAUCAGCUAAUGGAUACCAUGAAUCGUCCUCUGUGAAGGUCACAUCUGUGUCCGCUGGUGGUGGAGGCAAGAAGAAUAGCAGUGCUGCAGCCAUGGACUACGAGUCGAGUGAUGAUGAAAGGCAUUUCAAGAGGAAGCCAUCGAGGUACGACCCCUCGCCCCCACCGCCAGCAGAGUGGGAAGAGGAUGCGAAGCAUUCAAGAGGGUCAAGAGAAAGGGAAAGGGACAGAGACCGCAAGCAUAGAUAGGGAUUUUGCGGAAGCUGCAGCCCGAGAGGGAUCGAGCAAAGGCUUUUGCUGCUGCCACUUUGGUCAAAGGGCAUAGGUGGGACACGUGUUGAUGCGAGUAACUGUUGUACCUGAAAAUGAAAUGAUUGAUGCUUCCUAAACAUACGGCUUAGAAUAACGUUUCAAUUUCAAGUCUUGAGUAUCUGAAGAUAUUUAUAUUAUGAUAAAUAUAAUAUAAUAGAACAUUUUUCCUUCUU